GGAUCUGAACUGUCCCUGAAACCAGAGGAGCUUGUUCAUCCUGUCCACUCCCUUUCCCUCUCUCUCUCUCCCUCUCUCUCUCUUUCUCUCUCUUUGUAAAGGUCUCAGAGCUCACAUUAAUCUUGUUUGCAGCAGGAGGACAGUUUCCUGACAGAGACAACAUGGACCCCGACUCCAAACUGAACGGUGAGGGAAUAACUCUGAACAAGCUGGGAGACAUUGAGGUGAGUUACUCACAUACUUUUUUCUAUUGUUUUUCAUUCUUUUCAUUUCAAAAACAGAGAGACACAGACAGGCAACACUGUCAAGGUCUGUUUCUGUUCUCGUUUGUGUCCCUGAAAACUGGAAGCCCUGAGGUGGGAUUACUUCAGCGGUGAGCUGUUUGGACUGUAUUAUGUUCAGUUAUUGUUCUUCUAACCACUGAAAAACAACAGCAAAAGGUUUUCAUGAGACUAGAAGAGUAAAUUACAGCCAAACAUGAAUAAUACAGCCCACAGAUGUGAAGUACACCAAUGUCCUCUGCUUAAUAUUCUAAAAACUUUACUUUUCUGUAAAGAAUGACUUUUCACAAAUACUGUCUGUCAGAUAUACCCAGAGCAGCUUAAGUUCAGUUUAGAAGAUCAUCAGGUUUGAUGGGAUUUUUAUGUUUACCCAAUUUAGAAGAGUGUACAAGUCUGUGCAGAUACCCUCUCUUUUAAUGAACUGUAUUAAGUUGUGAUACUUAAAGUCUGUCACAGUAACUGUUAUGUCUGUGUUCUGGUACUACUUCGGGCUUCAUGUCCUUCCCAAAUCUUGGCAGGACUCUGAGGUCAGAGGAUUGGGUAUCAUGUAAACAAGCAGGUGCUGUGGGUUAUAUGUUGGUAUAAGACUGCUGUGGUUUUGUCUUCAUUAUCAAAUGAACUCCAAUGAUAUGUGAUGGGUGUAAAGUUGCUCAGUGCAAAUGGUGAAGCUGUCAUAUGUAGGUUUUUAAUAGCAUCAUCGUGUGCUUCAUAAUUAGCAGAAGUACUUCAUCAGUGAUUAAAUGUUGGAGAGGUUUUAAUUUACUCUGCAUAACAAAAACAAAGAUCUUUGUCAUUCUGAUCUUAAAAAUGAUUCAUCCUCCAAAUUUGCUGCAGAAGUUUGUCCCGACUCUUUAACAGCUCUGAGCUAUGUUGUACAAAUAAAUAAAUCUGAAUUCAAAAUGUUUGAUGUCAAUCCUAAACACAGGGAGAGUGUCUAACUGUGAAGUAAAGGUAAAUUAGAUUAUUCCCAGAAGGAAACUUCAGGCUGAUCUGAACAAUACCUUCCAAAAGUCACAGCAGAUCUGAGAGAGAUCCACUCAAACCAGGACAGUUUUGAUUGAUCAAUCUCUCUAAAACAAACAAACAAACAAACAGUGUCAUCCUGCUCUGCUUUCUAAGGGUCAGGUUGGAACACUGAGUUCUAAAGUGAGAGGUUCUAGAAUGCCCGGUUCUAAAAGCUUUGGUUCUGGGAUAUCAUCUUCUGAAGUGCUGGUUUUCAGGAUCUUGGGUUCCUUAAAUGCCUAGUUCUGGACUGAUGAAUUCUGGAAAGCUGUUUACUGGUGUGCUUUGGAGUGCUUUAAAGAGACAGUAGAUGUGAUGAGUUGAUGAUGAGUUUCAGACAGAGUAGAAACACACUUUUUAACUUUAUUAUUUUUACAUCUGGAGGCAUUUUUGAUCUGAGUUUGAAAUCUUUACUGAACUGUAGGAGAGAGAAAGUGUCUCUUAGGACAAAUUCUGUACAGAUGAGAACAUCAGGGACCUCUGGAAGCCAACAGAUGGAGAGAUUUACAUAAUAUAUUUUGGCCUGCAGUUGUUACCCUGAUGAGAUGUUUAACACAGAAUUUUUUUUUUAUCAACAUACUUAAGUAAAUAUACAGAGUAAACAAAGGAGGGUUUUUUCUUGUUCCACCUUGAGGUGCCACGCUAUUACCCCUCUAAAACAAAACACUUCCCGUCAGCAGGACCACUCAAAAUCAUUUCCAUGUGUCCUCAAGUUUCUUUUUUUUUCCAAGUUAAUGAAACUGAGUUUUUUCUUCUUGUUUUGUUUCAGUAACCCAAGACAAACACAAAACCUCUCUCAUAGUCUGGGAGUUAAAAGUAAAAAUCAAGGACCCCUCCUCAGGUCCUGCCUAGCUCAGGUUGGGAACCCCUGCUCUGAGUCUCUGACCUCAGCAGGGGGCAGUAACUGCUGUGACCUCUGUGUUUGCAGAGGACUGAAAGCUCUGUGACUCAGAGAGACCCUCGCUUAGGUGAGACAUGUGGUCUACCUGUGUUACAGGAUCAGACACAGAGUUGAGAAAAUCAACAGAGCUACAUUUUUCCUGUCAGAGCAGAGGAAGGAGGUUCCCUGCUCACCGCCACCUCACAUAGCUGCUUCUCUUUCUUGUCAUGUGAGAGAGGUGUGUGAGAGAGAACAGCCUGUGGCGAGUUCUGACAUGUUUCCUCUCUCCACUUCUCCUGGUUGAGUCAUCACCUGUUGCUUUGACUCUCACAGCCACACCUGUGAACAAAACACACAACACCUCAGUGUGUGGGUGUGUGUGUGAAGAGAAACGUGGUGGAGCACGCUCAGAGAACAAUCACAUCUUUUACAUAACACCAGAUCAUCAAGAGAACCACAGGUUAGAAAGUUCUAGUCUGGUCCUCAGACCUCAUCUGUCCUCUCCCCCCCCCACAGAACGUGAUCUCCUCUUCAGGUAAAAGGCUCAGACCCAUCAACAUAAACCACUACGCCACCAAGAAGAGUGCGGCUCAGAGUAUGCUGGAUGUGGCUCUGCUGAUGGCGAACUCGUCCCAGCUGAAGACGGUGCUGUACGUGGGGCCUAAUUAUCGCUUCUACAUCCCCCUGAUUGUCCUGCUGUCCUUGUCCAUCACCCUGCAGGUCAUAGUGGGGCUGCUGCUUGUCUUCAUUGGCAAGUGACUCAAAACAUAUUAUCACUCCUUCCUUUUCCCAUUUGCCUCCUAAAUGCAAAGCAGAGAGAAAUAAUCUGUUUUUAAAAACAUGUUAUCUGACCCUCCCUGUUCCCCAAGCUUUACAGAAUUCCUUUCUAAGAGCUCUGUGGGACUUUCUAUUGUUGCUCAUAAGUCACAAAAAACUCCACUGAUAUAAAAAAUGUCUGCAUUAAUCCUGAGCCUGAUAUAAGACAACCUCCUUUCAAGACACAUUUCUACAAAAAUAAAGCCAAUUGGAUUAAAAAUAACAAUCAAACAAACUCGAUAAAUAGAAAUUGAUAUUAUUAUAUUGUAUUUAUUUUUUUCAAAUUGCCAGUUAAAUGAAAUAAACAGUGAUCAGUGAUAAAUGAAGCACCAAAGAUUUGAAAGCACAAAGAGCACAGAUCUACUGAAGCUAGAAUAAGCUGAAUAAGUUGAAUUCAGUCAAAGGAUCAUUGCUAUUUCUGUACUAUGAGCAGAUCACUCUGUCCCUUUCAGGCGCUCAGCUUCUAACUGGACCUUAACGGCUCAAAAAGGUCACAGAUACAGCCUCUGAUUGGUCAAUAGACCAAAACAAAGAUGGCAGCCUCCAUCGAGCAAAGCCAGCUAAUAAACAAAGUGACUCAGUUUUACAGGAAGUAAUGAAUUCUUUUGAUGGGAUUGGAUCUGUUUAGUCUCUGAAAUACUUUGAUCUUCUCUGUGGGACAGAAAAGUUCCUGAUGUCACAAAAACACUCUGAGUUUAUCACCGAAAAACUGUUCCAGAUGUUGUCCCUAAACCCAUUAUCCUAAUGUUCAGGUGUAUUUCGAGGGAAAUAAUCUGUCAAGAAAUGGUUACAUUUGGGUCAAUAGUGUUUUUAACAACUGUUUUGGCAGAAUAUUUGCAUCUGCACUCCUGAUUCGACAAUUAGUUUUUCAACAGCUGGUUCUGAUUAUUAGCAGGGCAGCUGAUGGCUGAUUGAUAACACAGUUAACAUAUUAUUAUCUUUUUAUGCAAAAUAAAAAAAAUGAUAACACUAAAAUUAUGAGAGAAAAAAAAUGAUGUGAUCAUUUGAUGGAAUGCUGAUUAGUUUUAAUGCCUUAAAUUGUCUAAUCGAUGUAUCUCUAAUCUGCAGUACUUUGGACAUUGAACACUAGACUGAUCCUUUUCAUCCUUUUAAACUCUCUUUUGAUGAUGUAAUUAGCUUCAAAUAAUAAAUGAUUAUUUAUAUUAGUUUAAUAUCAGUUUGUCUGUAAAAACAGGUUCCUGUUUCUUUAAAAAAGCCCCAUGAUUCUAAUUUGUCACCACUUUUUCUCUCUAUCAUGCUCAUCAGUUUCUCUUUGUUGCUGUUUGUUUUGUUUUGUGUGUGUGUGUGUCAGCAGUGAAGUACGAUCUGAAUGAUGUGAGGAAACACGCAAAGCUGAACACGAUGAACAACGUUGCCACGGUCUUUGUCUUCUUCACCGUCCUCAUCAACAUCUUCAUCACUGCACUUGGAUUUGAGGGACACGCUGUCAGGUAAGACCACACACACACACACACACACACACACACACACACACACACACACACACACACACACACACACACACACACACACACACACACACACAGACUCAUGCCUAAUGUUGUUUGUCAGCAGGUCUAUGUCUAUGGGAACACCUGCCAUGUCGAUACAGGACCCUCUUAUUCCUCCUGAGGUGCCCCUUGGCCUGAACAUGACUGGACAGCAGUAGACCUGGACCUGGACCUGGACCUGGACCAGACGAGUACUGGUUUACCUGAAACCUCCAAGACUCCAAAUCUAAAGCUGUGCGUCAGGAACUUUCUUAUUAAACUCCAUGUUUAAAUUUUCAUCACAGCUGGGACAAACUUUCAGCUCCUGAAUGAACAGAAUGACCACAUCAGUGAUGGGGGACUUUUAUGGAUCCAAACAGAGACCUCAACAAUCUCAGGGCUGAGUUAAUCAGUCCUCAGGAUCACAUCUGUGUCUUCAGCUUGACCAAAGAUUUAAACCAACAACCUCAGUCUGAAACAACACCACUCGCUGACCUGUGAGUGAGCUGACCCUUGACCUUUGCUGACAGAUACACACGUCUACUGUGUAACUACCUGCAGCAUGUAAAUAUAACUGCUUUAUAACACUCCUGUUCAUAUCAUUGAUGGAUGGUUUUAAGCAUCUUUUUUACAGUUUUUGUAAAUAAAUAAACUGAAUUACUGCUGAAGAGAAUCAAACACUUUCAGUCUCUUUGUAUUUCACCUUGACCUCAGAUUGAAGGGGCAUUCCUCUAAUUUUUAACCUCCUAGUUUUCCAUCCAAGUUAGCCACAUUGAGUGACAAAUCUUUGCAGUUUUCUCAGUUGUUGUCUCACUUAAAAUCUGUUCUUUCUUCAGCGCCAUCCUGUGACACAACAUGAUUACUGUCCCAGAAAAAAAAUAAAGACUAUUUUGGAUUAUUUCUGGUCCCCACCUUUGCUUGUGCACAUUUAAGACCCUUUAAAGGCCCAAACAGUGAAAAACUGAUCUUGUUUUGGCACAGCAGAACAAACAGCCAGCAAAACAGGGGUCGUUUAAUUGAUAACAGAUGAAUUUCAAGGUUUUUUU